ACCUCCUCACUGUCAGAUGCCCAUAUCCUCGAUGUCGUUUUGGGGGCGAAGGGUGACCGGUGUUUCCCGACACGAGUCGAGUGGUUCCGAGAGUGAGCAGAGAACGGCAUAGUCUGAACAUCUUCCAAAUGUUGAGCCCGAGUCGUGAAGUGCUGCUCUUGAGGGGGGGCGAGGUUGAGAGGGAGGGAGACGACGAGGGAGAAAACAGGCAACAUCCACACAGAUUUUGACCUCUGAAAGCAUUCCGACGUCUCUUCUGACUGCAACGCAGCUCCAACCGGCCAAUUGAAGGCACAAAAGAAUCAGCCAAGAUGGUGACAGUCAGUGUGAUUGCAUUCAGCUUUCUGCUCACCACAGCUCUUUCUGCUCCUGUGAAAGUCAAUGAGGACUCCAUGACCUUGUUCCACGGGGAGGAUUUCCACAUCAUGCUGCCUGCAGGCGCAUCAGAGGUCACAUUUCGGAAUAGGUCUUCUCCGCGGUCGGCCGAUGUGGUCCUGAUGAGGGGCCGCAACGUGGUCAACAAUCGGGCCAAACACCAACUCAGCCACCUCAUUAUAGAUGCUGUGGGUGAGGGAGAUGAGGGAGUGUACACCGUGAAGAAUCCAGACAAGCCAGAGGACGUCAGGCGCAUUACGCUUGUAGUCCGAGAUUGCUCCAACGAGCAGAUUAUUAAAUAUGGAGACAACUACCAUAUUUCGCUGUUAGGGGUAACUCCUCCAAUCACCCUGGAGUACAGGCCCAUUGCUGUGGAGGCCAACCAGACAUCUAGGCCUGCUCUGGUGCUGCUGACCAGCACAGGGAUGUCCAGGGAGGGCUACCAGGGUCGAAUCAGCGUCAACAACCGCUACGUCACCCUCAGUGCUGUCAUGGGGGCAGACGAAGGCAGCUACACUGUCAGGGAUGCCAAAGGUGAUAUCCAAAGGAAAGUAUGUCUCAACGUCAGAGAGCACCAAAACUUUGAGACCCUGCCAUACGGUAAAAGACUGAAGAUCAACCUGAUACUCAACAGCUCCUUGGUCCACCUCUACUACACCCCUGACUCUGACCCCACACCCCAUCUGCUGCUGGACAAGGGAGAAUUUACAAGUGCCCGAACUGAGCUGGGUCUCGAGGACCGUCUCUCUAUGGAGGGUUCUUUGGUGUUUCUGGAUCAGGUUAAGGUUGCAGAUGCAGGCCAAUUCAAAAUUACUGACAUACUGGGGUUCACUGUGUCCAGCAUCCACCUGCAAGUACAACCCUACAAGCUGGAGUCACUGUAUGUGGCCAUCAUUGCCCUGUUGGGCCUGCUGGUUUUCCUGCUGCUGGUUUGUCUGCUGUCCUGUCUGAUCAAAGUGAAGAAGAGGGCCAAGAGGGCGGCUGCCCUGGAGAAGAUUGCCCAGAAAGCUGGCAAGGAGGAUGAGGGAGAGGCCUUCAGAGAGGUGGUCAAGAACAUCACCAAACUCAGUGAGGAAUCUAAGCAUUCCCAGGCAGACAAUACAGAGAAAUCUCAGAGCACUGAGGUGGAUAUUAAAGGUCUGGAGGUUUCCUCUAAAGAGGUUGGCGUUGAUAACCUAGAGACCAGUGACUCUGGCGUCGGCUUUAACACCGCCCUCCCCCUGGAUACUGACACCGAUGCCCCUGAUCAAAUCUCCGACUCUGUGGCUGUAUCCAUCUCUGUUGCCCCUGAAAUCAAACCAAGUCCACCAUCUGCUGCCGAGUCCAAGCCAAGCGCUCCACCAGCUAUGGACAUUAAGCCCAGUCCAGUAGCUGAAACUAAAGCGUGCCCAGCACCUGAGACCAAGAAAACCCCUGAUCUGCCAGUGGAAGCAAAGUUGGACGUGCCCAAACCAGCAGAUGUUAAGCUUAGCCCAGCCCCAAGCCCUGAGCCCAAGGCCAGGAGUCCAGCUGAUCCAAGGCCUGCACCUAGCCCAAGCCCGGAGCCUAAACCAGCUGCUCCUAAAGCCACCACUCCAACACCUGAAAGUAAGAGUGCCCUGACUUCUACACCUGAGCCCCAAAAACCAACCACACCAGAACCUAUUACCAACGGUACACCUGAGCCAGGCCCGGAUUCCAAAUCAAGCCCAGAUCACGCUGAUAUUAUCGGAGGCUCAGCUCCAAAAGCAGCUCCCCCUAAAACCCCUGAAGUGGAGCUGAAAUCCAGUAGUGCCACACUGGAAGCCAGCAAAGAUGGCACUGUGGCUGAGGAUACAACCACCACCACCUGAGAACUGCCCCUGCAAAAAUCCAAGGGAAGCCCCACAGAUUUUCUCCAUCUACCACCACUGUAGACAAUCGAACACCCCCUACCAAAUAAUGAAAAACCACUGAAACUGGGGCGAGGACAUCGGUUUAACAUGUUUAAUGCCUGAACACAGUAUUAUCUUGAUAACGGUAUCUCACUUGUAUAACUAACACAUAACCUUUGAGACUUUCUGAUUCAGAAAAACUUUACACAACUAAUGCGGCUUGUUGAUUUUAUUUUUUGAACAUUUUAGUUGUAUAUACCUUGCAACCUAAUUUUUUGGUAACUUCACAGUAAAACUGUCAGACUGCAAACAGAAUCCUUUGCAGAGUUUACAAUUAAAAUGUUAACUCCAUAUGAGGUCUUUUAUAACAUAAUGAGGUAGCCAGAAAGGUUUACAACAUUUCAUUAAAACAAGAACGUACUAGAAUUCCUUAUUUGACCUUAACUAACUAUUGUUUCCCAUUUAGAUGCUUGUUCCUCUAUCAGCAUGUGGAUAAAACAGACAAACUGCAUGAAAUUUUCAGCCAAUGUCAUCUCAAACCUAAAUUAAAAUGUGUGAUGACGUUCUUCUGAUUGGACAUCAUCGAAACGGAAAUGAAAGCCCUUUGAUCACACAAACAAUACUCUGUUGUUGGCAUUUUGUACAUAGCUGAAAUGUGGAUGUUAAAGGCUUGUGACAGUCCUCUGCCUUCAGAAACAUCUACUAUACAUUUUCACAUAUAGAAAAAAAGUUUUGCACAACUUUAACCACACAAGAAAACAUACUAAUAAUACUAACCCCACUAUUUAUAGUCUCUGAGAUUGAGAUUCAGACUCCCAGUGAAUAUCUCAGAUAAUUAAAAUGUGUUUCGCAGACUGAUCACCUCAAGUCUGGAUCAACCACUUUACAGUAUUUGAUCUGGAUUUCCCGAUGGCUCUAUAAAAAGCCCAUUAUUGCUACAGUUUAAUAUGAAGCUCAUGCCAGCAGCAACUCCAGGCGCUUAAUGGGACCACCAUGUGCCCGCUGUAGGUUGGGUUUUCCAAAGGUGAAAUACUGAAUGAAAGUAUCUGGUAAGUUCAAAUAGUUAGAACAUGCUUGCUUGUUUCUUUGUUUUUUUUCUUUCAUUAUCCUCCUUCCUUGUCUAAUUUCAGGCUUUCCUUUUGUCUGUCAUUCCUUCCUUGAUCCCUCCCCCUUCUUUCUUUCCUCCUUUCUCUGCUUUCCUUUGCUGGACAUCAUUUUUAACUACCUAAAAACAUGACUUUUGAAAUGAGAAUCUUGACUAAUUAUUUAAUUUUUUGAUAUUUUCUCUAAAGUAUUUGGUUGUGUUUACAUUGACAGAGAGUAGUUCCUGUGUCUUUGGCCCUCUAAAAUCUGGCAAAAGCUUAAUCAUUUAUUCCUUGUAUGUUUAAUGUCUCCAAAAUUCUCCUAUGAGGGCUUUAUCAAUGCCACGACAUCGUCUGCUUAGCCCCCUCAGUUGUAUUUUUUGCCCCAUCUGUUUAAGCUUUAGGUGUAUGCUAGGGCCGCACUGUCCAUGUUACUGAAACAGAGUGGAGGAGAUUGAUAGACAAACAGACAGAACACGUCACUUAGCUUGCUUUUCGUGGUUGUAAAUACAACUUUAGGCCCUAAUUCCAUUUUCCCCCAAUUGUAAUAAACAGCUAUUUCUGCGCACCUCCCCCUGCUGAUUUUGACAUUGAAUCAUUCAUAAAUUCAAAAAACUACUUAGCACUCUGCUAGUGCUAAGUAGUGAUUAAUAAAUGUAUUCUUUGAUUUUGAAACAGUAGCCUUAUGUUGUUGUUAUUUAGGCUUACUGAGGCUAUUGCAUGGUUAAAUCAAUGAAUUUUAUUUAAUGAAAAAAAUUCCUAAUAUGGUACAGAGGAGGUGUGCAGAUACAUUUUAAUGUUACAAAAUGCAUGUCUCUACCUCAUGUUUUAAUUCACCACAGAACAACGACACUCCUGGUGUGGUGCACUGAAAUCAACAAAAAGCAUUUUGGAUUUUUGAGAGAAGCACAAAAUAUCAGCCAACCAACUGGCCUUUCUUGGUAGCUUACCUGACUUAAAGAUUUUUAAAGUAAAUUAAUAUCAGGCGAUAUGUCUUGCCUUUUAAAAAGCCAUAUGACAAGAUAGGUUUAGAUGUCAGAUUUGAUACUAAGAUCAAUAAAUAUAAUAUGUUAACUAAAACAAACAAACAAAAAAUGUUAAAAUCAAGGGGGCCUCGAUGAAAAACUGGAUAUGCGUCAUCCUUCUAGCCUGGAUAUGUGAAGGAACCACAAACCCAUUUUGUUAACACUGAAAAUGUUCUUUAUACACAUAUACAUAUACACACAGACACACAAACCAGACACGCACAUUCCAGCCCUGUAAAUAUUGCAUGUGUACGCCACUUUAACCCUCUUAAGCCUGAAUGUUCUUAGUGUAUAGAAUGGUUGUUGUAUUAUACUUAAUAAUAAAAGAAAACUAAUUUAAAUUCUCACCAACCUUAAAUCCAGAAUAUAAAAUAUAUACACAUACAGUACUAUAUACUAUAAACACUAAUAUUCACUAACCUCUUGAACUAAUUUAAGCCAAAUAUUGUAAAAAUCCAUCAUGACUAUAUUAGAUCUUUUUAGAUCAAUUAUCUGCUGUCAUUGCCAUUCCAAUCUGAUUAUACUCACAGCAAACAGCCUCUCUCACAGUAUUUACAUGUUGUAUUAAAAUGUUUAACCUGUGUCACUUAAAGCAUUGACUGCAGCAUGCCCACGACAUGUCCUGAAAAAAAACAGGCUUUUAUUGUCCUGUAGUUGUGUCUGUGUGCGUGACCAGAGGAGCGAUGUUUUAAUGUUGCCAUCAUUGUGUGUUUUGGAUUUCUGUGUUUAAGUGUGUAUGUCUAUGAUGCACAUAUGUGUGAGUGUGAAUGAUUUUUUUUUUCCCAAACUAAAAUUAUUGUUACCCUUCUUUUUUUUCAAUUUGAGUGAAUGUUUUAUGAGUGUUUGUGUGUGCUGAGUCUCUGCAUAAGCAGUUUGUACAGAUUGAAACAACUGUACUUUAUGUGUGCUUCUCCAUCUGUUGUGAGUAAGUAUUCAUGUGCCUGCUUAAAUCAUCUUGCAAUGUGAAGAAAACCAUUGCUGUGUUGAAGUCAUGAGUGUGAAUGUGUUUAAAGCCACAAACUAUUGUAAAAUAUAUUGUAACUUUGAGAUAUUUGAGUGACUCUUGUCUUUGUUUAGUGCCUAAAACAUACAUUGGAUAGUUGGCUUGUAUUCUGUCAUUAGCCGACACUCCUAAUGGCACCUUUUUCUUAAUAGGUAUGGUAUUCACACAUCGAAAGCUGUUUGCACACCUGACUGAACAAAGUGAUACCACUGACUGGCUUAUGACCCUAAUGUGUAGAAGAUAUGUGACAUAUUGUAUAAAAAUGAUGAAAGUGAUUAUGGAAGUUUGACUUCUCCGUGGCAUAAAGAAUGCUGAGCAUGCUCUGUUUGUAAGUGAAGAUGUUUUCCAUUGCAUUAAUCAAGUCUGUGGCACAGUUUGGAGCAUGUGAGUGAAUUCAUGAUGGCAGCAUACGAAUGACAAAGCUUUUUGUGGGUAACACUCGGGGGUCAUGUUUCAGCAAGCAAUUGAUGAGAGACUGCUAAAACAGCAUUUUUGUGCACCACCACUACUGUAUAUUGUCAGUGAUUGUAAUACCAAGCCACUCAGAGUGAGUAGGGAUGUGAGAGAGGCAGAUAGUGUGUGAUGGGCAGGUCAAGCCUUUGGUUUACACAUUACCAGCAUCUUGAAGAAGGCUCAGCCUAGUGGGAUUGGAAUUAUUACAUCUAACUGGUUUCAUACCCACCUCUGAUAACCCACUAAUGGAAACCACUACUUUUAAUACCACUGGCACUUCUUGCACUAUGUGAGUUGUCUCUGCCCUGAUCCUCUCUGUUUACUUCUGCUGUUCUGGCCUGGGUGUGGUGUGACGUCCCACAUGUUCUCUCCAUACUCCGUUUUUGCACAACACUUCGCACAAAUGUUUUGUAGAGAAAAUAGAAUUUUCUUUAUUUCAUGUCUAAAGGAAUAAUAAGAAUAAACAAACGAUUAUGACA